UAUAUGUUCAUAAUAAACCUAAACUAUCACAUUACAAACUACUAUUACAUUGCAUUCUCCCUCUUUUUUCACUCUUUGCUUCAAUAGCGAUACAAACGCACACUUCUUUCUCAGCUUGAUAUUCCCGAUUCAAGGUCAAAAUGGAGCCACAAAAUGGAGCCACGACAACGGAGGAUUUUUUGGAUGAGAGUUCAUUACAUGAACUAAUCCAAAUGCUAUCAGAUGAUGUCAUUCUUGUACCAAGCAACCAACAACCAUAUGAAAAUCAUCAGAUUCAAUACCCAUAUGUUCAAGCCCCAUCAGAUUCAUCUGUGUUGAAUCAACAUGGCAUGUAUUCUUCCCCAAGGCCUAUGUUUAAUCCUGUUCCAGAACUCUCGUUUAAUAUUGGCCAGAAUUUACCUCCAGAGCGACACAAUGUCAACUCUAAUAGGGAUAUCAUUCCUUCAACUGGAAAUGUGAGAACUCGUCAGAGGGCUACUUACAGGAGAGGACGAAUGCCUAGUUUAUGCCAAGGAUCGUCUUCACGUUCAAGAAGAGAGGUCAUUCAAACAGAACAUGAGACAAUUGGUCAUCAAAAUGUUCCACCGAAUACCUACCGGGCGAGAGGUCAUCAUCCAUGGAAUCCACGGCAAACACCAAUUCGUAACCGUCUAUAUGAGGCUGAGAAUGGUCUACCGGUGGAUCCUUUCUUACGUGCUAUGCAGUUGAAUCCAAACUUCAACAAUAGUAGAGGCAACAACUAAGGAACAGACAGAGCCGGGUUAGCGAUUUGAAGGUUCCUUUUGAAAAAGUUCAGAACAAUGCUGGCUCGUGAUGGAAUUUUUUUACUUUUUGUUUUGUUAGUUCCUUUAAUUUUCUUGUUGUGGAGUGAGGAGGUUUGGUAGGCAGGAAUUUCCUGGUUGUCCUUUUUUUCGAUGGUUGUUUAGUAAAUGAUCAUCUUCUUAUUUCUUUUGCAACUUAUGCACCUUUUAAAAUAUAGUCUAGAGAUUUCUUUUGAGUAAACUGCAAAUGUUUUUAGAAAUUGUUAAACAAGUUUUACAAGCUAGUAUUCAGUUCUCUCGCUAUGAAUUGUUAUAUCUUUCUCUCUCCUUUUUUUCUUCAUGUCUUUUUUGUUUUACUUUAUGGCGUGCUUUCCAAUUUUUAUUUUUUAUUUUUAUGUUAGCACCAUAAUUGGCUUCUCUUCCUGAAAGUUUCAAGCUCUGUGAAUAUUUAUCUUGCUCAAUCACAAAAAGUAAUGUGCAAAUUCAUCAUUUAAUUUUCCGCCGACGUAUUUCACAUAACAAUACAUAAUAAAAUAUGAGUAAUAUAUAGUCUUAAACUGAUAAUUAAUGCAUAUACAAUAACCA